AUGAACCCAUCAUUGACAAUCCUCCUCCUAACCCUCUUCGCCACUCUGGCAGUGGCGGCCCCCGUUGCCCCGGGGUUCGGCGAAAAGGCCUUGGAAAGCACCUCUGAAUCCCUCUCCAACCAUCUCUCUGACCUCACUCUCAGCCAUCCUCUUCCCCCAACCUCUCAAGCUCGUCGACCUAUGUUGACAUUCAGACGUCCUUCCCCACUUCCUGAACAUGGUGCACCUACCCUCGAUAUCCCCGGCCGGCCAGGGUUCGAGACGGACUCGAAUUCUGCUCCUUGGUUUAAUCGUUUUGGUGGUGCCAUACGAACUUCGAAGAAACAUGCAGCUAGAGACCAGGCUGAGCCUUACAGCUUAAGCUUCAAGGAAAGGGUGCAAAACGCCUUGGCCAGAAAGAAGGCGGCUAUGCAGGAACAAGAGCCGGUCACGCUAGCUAGACAAGCUUCUAGGAAGCAGGCGCAAUGGGAGGACAUGGUUCUGGAGGAGCAUCACCUGCAGCCUUUGGGUGGAAGUGGAUCAGGAAGAAGGGCUAGUUCUUCAACCGCUGGAGCAGAUAGUACCAUGGAUUAUAGCAGGUUCAGUGAUCAGGGUGAUACCGCUUCUAGUCGAUCCAGAAACUAA